AGGGAGAAGAAGUUUAAGGCAAAAGCCAUUUUCAUUUUAGUGGCCAUUUGCAACUUACUACAGUUGAAACGGGCAAGUUCUGGGUCACAGGCUUGGCUGAAAAUGUCUCUCCAGUUUUCUCCACAGGCACCUUGGAGGAACAACAACAUCACCUCUCCAAACAGGGAGGCUGCUGUAUCAGAACAAGGAGAGACUAUUAUAGGCUCCUACCUAUUGGCUUUAGGAUGGCUGUCUUGGCUUGGAAACAGUGUUGUGAUUUUUGUUCUCUGUAAACAGAGAGCAGUCCUGCAACCCACGGAUUAUCUUACAUUUAACCUGGCUGUCUCAGAUGCUAGUAUUUCCUUGUUUGGUUAUUCUCGAGGGAUCAUUGAAAUCUUCAAUGUCUUCAGAGAUGAUGGAUUCAUUAUCACAUCAAUAUGGACUUGCCAAAUUGAUGGAUUCCUGACACUUCUAUUUGGCCUGGCUAGCAUUAACACUCUUACAGUGAUCAGUGUGACACGCUACAUAAAAGGCUGCCAUCCUGACAGAGGUAACUAUAUCAGCAACAGCAAUAUUACUGUGACACUUUUUCUCAUUUGGGUGGCAGCUUUCUUCUGGUCAGUGGCUCCACUACUUGGAUGGGGAAGUUACAUAGAUCGCAUGUAUGGAACAUGUGAGAUAGACUGGGCAAAAGCCAGUUUUUCUACUAUCUACAAGUCCUACAUUGUGUCCAUUUUUAUCUGUUGUUUCUUCUUACCUGUGACCAUCAUGCUCUUCUCUUAUGUGUCCAUCAUCAACACUGUAAAGUCAAACCACACGCUGAGUGGAAUGACUGACCCAACAGACAGACAGAGGCGACUAGAGCGAAAUGUCACUAGGAUUUCUAUUGUCAUUUGCACAGCUUUUAUCAUAGCCUGGUCACCAUACGCUGUUAUCUCCAUGUGGUCUGCCUGUGGCUAUCCUGUGCCCAAUCUCACAGGCAUCCUUGCCAGUCUUUUUGCUAAGUCUGCCAGCUUCUACAACCCCCUGAUCUACUUUGGCAUGAGCUCCAAGUUCCGGAAGGACAUUUUCACCUUGUUGGGCUGCACCAAGGAAAUCAAGGACCCGGUGAAGCUCAAGCGCUUCAAAAACCUCAAGCAGAAGCAAGAGCCAUCUCAGAGACGAGAGAAAUAUGCUGCGGAUGUCCAGCCAGUCCCAAGUCCUGAUUCAGGGGUGGGGAGUCCAAGCCAGACCCCACCACUGGAAAACCGAGAAGCAAAUUUUGGUACCUUAGAUUCAACAUCUAAUAAUAACCCUGAUGUUGAAUGUGACAGGCUAUAAGUGCUGUGGCCCUUUAACGGGUGCACACAUUCUGCAUACAGAGAGAAGGAAAACACCUCACUGCUUGGGGGCAGCUCCCAAUUUCCCACUCCAUCUGGCCCUUACCAUAGGUCUAAUGACAACUCUUAACAGACCUGCAGUAACUUGAGAUGUAUGGUAAUAACCAGAUAUAAUUCUUAGUUACAUGUAGAUUAUACAAUACCAUGCCACAAACGGCAGUGGUGGGCAGCCACAGGGAUUUCGUUUCCUUCUGUAGCUACAGUAAGGCACACACAAUUUCUCUAUUUAGAAACAUUGUUAGGUGGCAAAAAUCAUUAAUAUUUCAUAUCCAGUUCAUAGUAAUUAGGGAACUGCAGUUCUAAAAGCAUAUUUUCCCAUCCCUUUUACCUGAAAAUAGUUCCAGCUUUAUCCUAUUGCUCUGGCCCCACAGUGCUGCAUUGGCUCAGUGGCUAGAAGGAAACGGCUCCCACCGCUGUUGCUGUAAUGCUGCCUGGGGAGCUGGCCACUAGAGGGCAUACAAAAACUACGUGCUUUCUACAGGAAACUAAAAGAAUGUCACCUCCAUGAUGCUCCCAGACUACUCCAGGGCAGGGGAAUGGGAAUAAGAGUCCUAAAAUCUCACUGCAACUGAAUGUGCUUGCAGCCAAGUCAGUGAAGGCUAACAGACAACUUGCUUGUAAUAUUGGCAUCUUCUGGUUUCUUGCUGUACUACAAACAUUAGCUUCACACCUUUCCUUAUUAGCCUGCUAAAUUAUAGGAAUCUUUCUUGAUUUGUCUGGUGAACAGAGCAUGAGCAUAACAUUCAGACUUAUAGAAACCGGCCUUAAUUUUGUUCAUGCAUCUCCAAAUUACUUUUUUGUUUAAUUUGGCUAUUAUAGCUGAGUAAAAAAUAUUGCACAGGCAAUGAAACUAGUUAUUAUGUUCUUCUCACAAAAGGUAUAAAUAAAAUAUGGUUUGAAAAACCAUUUAAAAGACCACACCUUUAUUGACUCAA